CUCCAGCGUAUAAGUCCGGCUCACUUUCCCAUGGAAGAUUAUAUCCUUUGUCGGAAUGUUUUGCCAACUGAACCGGAAUACCUGAAAAAGACUCCUGACCCCAUCUACAAUUUGACGUCAGUACGAAAAACAUUUUCCCGUUCGUUGCCUGGUGGAAAUGCAAAUAAAGAAAAUGAGGACGACGUAAAAGUUGACAAAGAGCUUCAGCUGAACCCCGAGAGGUUGCUGUCGCAUGUGUCGAUACUCGGCCAAAGUUUGCCUGAUGCCGAAACUCUGGAACUUGAUCCAAGUCAAGCAGAAGCCCUUUAUGCCGCCUUGACUAGAAAACUAGUUUUGAUUCAAGGACCUCCAGGAACAGGGAAAACGUAUCUGGGCCUUAAAAUUGUUCAAGCACUACUGGACAAUAGGAAGUAUUGGGUAGGGGUUAAGAAACACCAGCCUCCUCCUAUUUUAGUGAUUUGCUACACAAAUCACGCGCUCGAUCAAUUCCUUGAAGGAAUCUUGAAGUUCACGACGAAAAUCGUCCGGAUUGGUGGACAGUCGAAAUGUGAAGCCCUUCAGCCGUACUCACUCCGCGAAUGGAUAUUUUCGAGAAAUCGGUUUUCUUUUACAAGUGAAGAAAGGACUGCUCAAUAUCACAAUUGGUUGUGGGAAGCCCGCGACAAAUUGCGUGACACGAAAGAUGUGCUCGAAAGUCGUCGCCAAGAACAAAAGAUUGUUGAAUCUUCUGGCAUCGUUCAUGAGAAAACCUUGUCAAGUUUGGGAGUACUAUCCAAGAGCGUGUACAGUAAAUUUUUCGCCAUGACGAAGAUGAAAUCAAGCAACUAUUCUGGUUGGUUAUUGUCUUGUUGGCUUGGAUUGGAAUCGAUUCACAUUUUAAAAGACAUCGUCUGGACUUUAAAGAAACAUUUCCCCAAAUCACAAAAGCCUCCAAUGCAAGUGUUUACAAAACCUGUUCCAGUUGUUAAUGAAUCUCCCAACGAGGAAGAAUGGGAUAAAGAAGAUGUCGAGGAAAUUCAAGGAGAAAGAAUGUCGGGCGAUGAUAAUUUAUGGAAUUUCGCCGAUGCUAAGGGAGAAAAGUUGCCAAAACCUGAAUUAGAAAGAAAAAUGGCAGGAUUCCAAUUUGCCAUUUCCACUUCAAUGCUUGACGACGAAAUGAGUUACUUGUUGGAGAUUCUAGAUGAGCCAGAUUAUGGUGAUUUUGAGCCAGCUCAAUCCCGGAUAGCUCAAAUCCAGCAACAAAAAUAUUUCCUCUCGGAAAUUCUUGAAAUUCUUCCAGACACCGAAAUCGAUGAUUACAAGCAGAUGAUUGAAAAAGAUCUUUGGCGCCUUUCAUACGUGGAUCGUUGGAAAAUUUACUCCUUUUGGAGAGCGAGAACUUCAGAAAUAUUGGUUGCUGAGGUAAACUCGUUGAAAAUGCAACUUCUACAGCAAACAAAUGAAAUAAAAGACAUCGAAACAAUUGAAACUGCCGAGAUUAUCCGCAAUGCCCAUGUUGUCGGAAUCACAACCACGGGAGCAGCCAAGAAUAGAGCGCUAUUAGAACAUCUGAAAUCAAAAAUCGUCGUUGUUGAAGAAGCAGCCGAGGUAUUGGAGGCACAUAUUGUGACGUCUUUGUCGUCCUCUUGCGAGCAUUUGAUUUUAAUUGGCGAUCAUCAACAGCUACGGCCUCCUACAACAGUGUAUGCAUUAGCGAAGGAUUAUCACUUGGAUGUUUCACUCUUUGAGCGUUUAAUAAUGAACGGGGUGGAGCCAAGUGUUUUGGGUGUUCAACACCGAAUGAGACCCGAUGUUGCCCGACUGAUUGUUCCUGCUAUUUAUCCAAAUUUGGAAAACCACCAGUCGGUAACGAGAUACUGGAAUGUGCCUGGAAUGGCAGAAAAUGUCUUUUUCCUGUCGCAUUCGGAACGAGAAAAGGGAGACCUAUCGGAUCAAGAAAGCCGCAGCCACUUGAACCCGUAUGAAGCAGACAUGGCCUUGGCUCUAGCUCGCCACCUGUUGAUGCAAGGCCUGGAACCAAAGCAAAUCACUAUAUUGACAACUUAUUCCGGCCAGUUGUUGCAUUUCAAAAAGUUGCGAAAAAGUCACGCGAUUCUUCAGGACGUCCGCAUCUCGAUUGUUGACAAUUUUCAAGGCGAGGAAGCAGACAUAAUCAUCCUGUCUUUGGUGCGAAGCAACGACGAAGCUCAAAUUGGAUUUCUCAAGACAGAAAAUCGCGUUUGUGUUGCCCUUUCUCGUGCCAAGAAAGGAUUUUAUCUUAUUGGCAACAUGGGAAAUUUAGCAGCGAGUAGUAAACUCUGGCGAGAAGUGAACAAAGUUUUGACAUCGAACGGACAGAUUGGACCCUAUUUCGACCUACAAUGUGGAGUGCAUCGUACUAUCAUAAAGGCCAAUCAAGUUUCCGAUUUUCCGCCAGAGGGUGGAUGUUUCCAAAAGUGUCUCACUCCGAUGCCCUGUGGACACACAUGCCGCAAACUUUGCCAUUUUGAAGAUCGCGAGCAUACGCGACAAAAUUGCCUCGAAGCCUGCUUGCGCUCCUGUUCUGUUGGCCAUCGUUGCCCCAAACGGUGUUACGAGGAUUGUCAUCCUUGUUUGACGGAAAUUCCGAAAACUCUUUUACCUUGCAAUCACACUCAAAUAACCGAGUGUCACAAAGACCCGCGAAAGGAAUAUUGUCUUACAAAAGUUGUCAAGGCUUUCCAAACUUGUCAACACACAAUUGAACUAGACUGUGGUAAGAAAAUUUACGAAGUAAAAUGUCCUGAACUGUGUGGCAUGCAUCUAGAUUGCGAUCAUAUGUGCAAUCGCAUCUGUCACCAGAGAAAAUCGCAUGCCAAAUUGCCGUGCACCCAACCGUGUCGCCGCUUGACCUGCCCUGAAAAACAUCCUUGUCCAAAGCAGUGUUCUGAAAAGUGCGAAAAAUGUGUCGUUGAUGUGAUUAAGAAACUGCCUUGUGGCCAUGAUGGGGAAAUCAAAUGCUGGCAGCUCCCCAAAGACAUCUACUGUAAAAUCAAAGUUGAGAGAACUCUUUCCGCCUGCGAGCAUACGGCCUAUUUCGACUGUAGUCAAUCCACUGAUGGAUACAAAUGCACUCGCCAGUGUGGGAAACUGCUGUGUAACGAUGGGCACAUAUGCCGGAAGCCUUGCUGUGAACCCUGUGGCCCUUGUAAUAAUCAAGUGAAGCGCACAUUAAGCUGCGGCCACGAGAGACUGACGGCGUGUUACAAGGAUCCUCUGACAAUCAAAUGCAAGUUCCCGAAAGAAGUUAUUUUACCCGAUUGCGGCCACAAGGUCGAAAUCGCCUGUGCCGAUAAUCCCGAAACAGCUCUCUGCCCAAGACCUUGUGACACUCGUCUCAAUUGCGGCCAUCAGUGCACGGAAUCCUGUCAUGUCAAAAAUGAUCCUCACCACGAAAUCUAUCUCUGCAAGAAAGCGUGCAGUCGGAAUAAAGAAGAUUGCAAACGGGAUCACAAGUGCGGAAGGAAAUGUUACGAGGAGUGUGACCCAUGUAUCAUCAAGAUCGAACGCCAAUUACCCUGUGGCCAUUCUCAAGUUGCAGAAUGUUGUCUAAAUGAUGAAGAAAUCAAUUGCAGGGAAAUGGUCAACAAAACUAUUCCUGAGUGUAUGCAUUUGAUUCGUGUUGAGUGUUCCACCAUUGCAAGUCGCCAGUUGUGCAAACAGCCGUGUGAACAAGUUCUGAGUUGUGGUCACCCAUGUAAAAAGAAAUGCAUGGAAACGUGUUCCUCUUCAGAUUGCCAAGAACUAGUACAGACUACCGUCUUAAGUCCCUGUGGUCACCCCGUGCUGAAGACUUGCAGUGAUUUUAAUUCAUCUCCUGAAGUGACAGAAACACAGUUGGAGAAAUUUCUACAAGAGUGCCCACAAAAGUGUGACGUCAACUUGCCUUGCGAGCAUUCGUGUAAAGGAUCCUGUGGACAGUGUUUCAACUGUCGUCUUCACAAAGCCUGUCAGGAAAAAUGUGGACGAACACUAGUUUGCGGACAUAACUGUGGUGUGAAUUGUGCCGCGUCUUGUCCUCCUUGCAAGAAACCGUGCGAAUAUCGUUGUCGACACAGCAGAUGUCGCAAGAAUUGCUGCGAGCCCUGCGUCGAUUGCGUUGAACCCUGUGGUUGGAAAUGUGAACAUUACUCGUGUUCACUCAAAUGUUUUGAAUUUUGCAUCCGGCCACGUUGCGAUGAACCCUGUCGGAAACGUCUCCCGUGCGGCCAUUUAUGCGUUGGGCUCUCUGGGGAAGUCUGCCCUCCUCUUUGCCGUGUUUGCCACAAGGACCAGCUGACGGAAUUCAUUCUUUAUGGCAACGAAGAAGAAGAUGACGCCAGAUUCAUCUAUUUGGAAGAUUGUAAGCACACUAUAGAAGUAGAAGGGAUGGAUCACUGGAUGGAGAUGAAGGAAGAAGAAAUUCGUGAAAUCCAAAUGAAAUGCUGUCCGCGCUGUAAAACUAUCAUCCGCUCAUGCUACCGCUACGGGAAUGUCAUCAAGCGAAAUUUCGGAGACAUUGUUGAAGUCAAGAGAUUGCUUUUACGUUCUCGUACCAGCUCAAAGGAUUUCGCCGAGAAGCAUCUCAAGCAGAUUGUGGCAUCCAUUGCUGUAAAUAGGGAGCUGACUACUCAACUUGACCACAGUAUCACGGAUCUCAUCAUCUUUAGACUGGAAGAAAUUCGGAAUUCUCUAAUUCCUACUGUUGUACGGAAAAAACCUCAGUAUAGAAGUUUGGAUGAAGAUACGCGCUCUGUGAUUCAAGUUCAAGUUGAUGUCAUAGAGAGAGUUUUAAGCGUCGUAAAAAAGGCCCCAGCAUCUUCAUCGAAGGAUAAUCAAGUCCCAGUUUUGUCGAUGAGUCGCCCUUUGCUGGAGGAUCUUCUAAAUCGAACACAACAACUUCUUUCAUCGCUAUUCAACCGCAAACGAUUUUCGUCUCAGGAACACGAAUGUUUCAUUGCCGAAGUCUACCGCUUGAAGUUAAUUCGAGCCUUCUUCUUGUUGAAGAGCUCCAUUUAUAACCAAGAUUCUUUGAUAAGUGAAGAAAAUCGACAGGUAGAAGAACUGUUGAUGAAGAAUGUGAAACCACUGAAGGAUGAAGAAAUCGCCACGAUCAAAGACAUUUUGCAGAGGAUGGACAAAAAACUUAAGACUGGACUUGGCAUCAGUGAUGUUGAACGGGAGCAAAUCGUUGAAGCCCUGAAAAAUGGAGAGGAUAAAAUAACACAGGGCCACUGGUUCAAAUGUCCAAACGGCCACAUCUACGCAAUUGGAGAGUGCGGUGGAGCGAUGCAGGAAGCAAAAUGCAACGAAUGCGGAGCACCGAUUGGCGGAGGGAAUCAUAGGCUGCUCUCGGGCAAUCGCCAUGCAGGCGAAAUGGAUGGAGCUCGAUUUGCUGCAUAUUCAGAGGAGGCGAAUAAUAUGGCCAAUUUUCAAAUGAACGAUUAA